CUAGUUGCAACCGGAGGGACAUCCGUUCGCUCAAACGACCGACCAACAUACUGACAGACGGAUGAUUUACAAGCCUUCAUAUCUUCACAUGGAUACUUUUUCCUCGUUAACUUUUCCAGUCUCCUGAAAGACUUUGAUAAUUUUCACCAGAAUGCCCCACAUCGCACUCACAAGACCGCGACCUACUGUCUGGCAGAUCGCACUUACCUCACCACCAGACAACCGUCUCGUCCCUGCCCUCCUAUCCGAGCUUUCUGAUGCUCUAGAUGCUGUAGAGAUUGAAUGGAGACAAGCUGGUGGAGGAGAUAUGGAUCCGAAGAAGAGGGAAGGCUAUGCAGGGAAGGGGGCGGGUGCUUUGGUGUUUACAAGUGGAUUGCCAAAAUUCUUCAGUAAUGGGCUGGACUUUGAAGGUUCGCUUAAGAUCAACAACUUUUUCGAAGAGGUUUAUGACCCGGUAAUGUGGCGUUUACUUACCUUUCCAUUACUAACGGUAGCUGCCAUUAAUGGACAUGCGUUCGCGGGAGGUAUGGUCUUAGCCCUUUGCUGUGACUAUCGUAUCAUCACAUCUGGAAAAGGUUUCAUGUGCAUGAAUGAGAUCACUUUUGGCUCCCCGCUGCCAAAUUCAUUUAGCGCCCUCCUUGCAAAUCGUAUCCCCGACCCUCAGCAUCUCCGAGACACUUUGCUCGCCCGCCGAUGGACUCAGCCCGAGCUUCUCAAGAUAGGUCUGGUAGACAAGGUCGUUGAGCAAGAUAAAGUUAUUGAGCAAGCCGUUGAACUGGGGGAGAAGGAAGGGAUUCGGGUGGCUCCUGGUAGUUGGGGUCUUAUCAAGGAAGGGGUGUUUCGUCCGAUCCUGGAAUCUUCGCAGUCCUACCGGCCCGUCGCCAGACCUCCAGAUGCUGAGAAGGCAUUCUGGAACCGGGUGGGUAAGGGCAAGGGCAAGGCAAAAUUGUAAAACGCGCGAUUUAUUGACACGACUUUGUUUCUCAAACCAGACUGUAGGAUAUGUUUUUUACUUUGUGGUGAAAAAUGCAU